AUGUUUCCUUCCAGGAUCGGUAGUAAGGCGGGCGGAGGAAGCAGCAGCGGUGGAAGUGGAAGCACAGCGGGAAGGAAGUGUCAAAAGUGUCUUCAGCCUGGUCACGGUGAGUCUUUGCUUUGUGUCGUCGUGGUGCGAGGGAUCAUCCGCGUACAUCAGAAGUGCAGGUUCACGGAGCAGAAGUAACACUUUCGCGGUAUGCCUCUUCCCCAAUGACGCUCUUGACCGUCUCACAGCCACAUUCGAAUGCAAGAAUGCAAGACCUUACAUAGCAAGACCUACCAGGUCUCAAGCCUUUCUGGAUCCCAAGAUUCAAAGGAAGCUCAGAAGCACGGCCGACGUGAAACCCCCUCCAGAAGCAAAUCCGUAAGUGGUUUGAAGGAUGUCACAAUGCUACAGGAAUCCCAGAGCUGACUGAAUGCGCUCCCUUUCUCUCUCCGCGAUGCACAUAGCUUGGGCACUGCGGAUGCUAUUCUGGCCGCAAGAGCCGCAGCUCGUGCGCGUGCUGAUCCAGCCAAGGAGCGUCCGACGACCUCUCCACCGCGCAAAUCCAGGAGAGCUCGUUCCAGCUCCGUCUCUUCAUCAGGUUCAUCUUCUCACUCCUCAUCCUCAUCCAGCUCCUCUGUCUCACGCGAUCGAUCGAGCAAAAGAAAGUCGCGCAGGAGAUCCGCAUCUCUAUCCAGCCGAUCUCGAAAUUCAGACUCCAGCGACUCUGAUUCGGAUUCGGGAAGGCAGCAGUCGAGAAGCAAAAGGCGAAGAAGGAGCUCUUAUGAGAGUACGAGCACCUCUGGUCGGGCUCGAUCUCGAUCUCGCUCAAGAUCCGAGUCCGGAUCGUUUUCAUCAACAUCCAGUCGAUCUCGCUCAGUCAGUCGCAGUCCCGAAAGAAAAAGAAACGAUCGUCGAUCGGCGUCUCUGCGAUCUGGCAGAGAUCGUUCGUACUCCAGAUCUCCCUCCGUCGGGCCUAGACGACGCUCGAGAAGCUUUGAUAGCGAUUCCUCGCGCUCACGCUCAUCCAGUCGAAGUGCUCCACCUGAUCGCAAACAUCAUCGCAGAGGCUCGACGGCUUCUGCGUCCACUAGAGACCCUCGCUCGCCCUCUCCAUGAAAUGUGA